AUGGCUCGGCCGCUGCCGCUGCUGCUCUGCCUGGCCGCGCUUGGCGCCGGCUGCCGGGCUGGGACCCCCCCCGCCGGCACGGCCGGGCCCUCCACCGAGCCGCUGCAGGACGAGGCGGACAACCAGGAGAACAUCCUCUCGCAGCUGCUAGGUGACUACGACAAGGUGAAGGUGGUGUCCGAGGGCUCCGACUGCCACUGCAAAUGCCUGGUCAGACCCCUGGGCCGUGGCGCCUGCCAGAGGAUUAACGAGGGCGCCUUCAGAGCCGAGGAUUUUUACACGGUGGAAACCAUCACGUCAGGACCCAGCUGCAAGUGUGCGUGCGUGGCCCCCCCCUCAGCCCUCAACCCUUGCGAGGGCGACUUCAGGCUGAAGAAGCUGCAGGAGGCAGAGAGCAGCGACCUGAAGCUUUCCUCCAUCGUCGACAUGCUGGAAAGUGCCUUCUAUGGCUUAGACCUUCUGAAGCUGCACUCAGUCACCACCAAGUUGGUGGGUCGGGUGGAGAAGCUCGAGGAGGGCAUGUCCAGGAACCUGACACAGGACGGCCAGCGGGCAGGGGCCAGCGGGGAGGAUGCCCUGCAGGAUGGCCCUGGCAGGGAAAACUGCUCCAGGCUUCUCCCCAGCAGCCUGGGUGACAUCGAGAGCUCUCUGCAGCGGGAUGCUGAGGCUGCCUAUGCUCAUCCAGAGGGAAAAUAUGAAGAAAAAUUCCUGAAGGAUGAAACCAUCUCCCAGCAGAUCAACUCGGUGGAAUCCCUGCCGGAGCUGCACCUCUCUCAGGAGGACAAAAAGCCCGAGCAGCUCUUGCAGAGGAAUCUGCGGGUGAGGAGCUGGCCUCCAUCCAAGCCCACCAUUGUCCGAGGGGUCACCUACUACAAAGCCCAGUCCCCUGAGUCAGAGAACGACAUCGAGGAGACACCGGACGAGCUGUUCAGCGGGGACAACACGGUGGACCUGCUGAUAGAGGACCAGCUCCUGAGGCCCAGCAACAGGGCAGGUGAGCCUGUGAGGAAGCCCUCCCCGGUGGGGUGGCCACCCACUCCUGGCAGCAUUUCUACCACCCUGCCAGCUGCUGACACUGCUGUGACAGCCACAGUGUCCCCAUUCCCUGCCACGCUGGACCCCAGCACUGUGAGCCAGCUGGCCACCGACCCAGAGUCUGUGACUACCCCGGCUGGGCUGGUGGAAGAGGGCACCCCGCAGCUACCAGCAGCCUUGGCCAGCACAGUGGUAGCCACAGCCACAGAGGACUUGCCCAUGGCCACCCCUGCUGGAGGCUGGAGUGACACGGAGAGCAGCCCAGGAACUUGGGUGCAGGCAAACACCCCUGUGACACCGAUCAGCCCAGCCAUCCCUGCCACCCCAAAGGAGGGCUUGGAAGAGGAAGACAUCAGGAACAUCAUUGGACGCUGCAAGGACACGCUGUCCACCAUCUCGGGGCCCACCACCCAGAACACCUAUGGGCGCAAUGAGGGAGCGUGGAUGAAGGACCCCCUGGCCCAGGAGGAGCGGAUCUAUGUCACCAAUUACUACUACGGGAACACUCUGGUGGAGUUCAGGAACCUUGACAACUUCAAGCAAGGUCGCUGGAGCAACUCCUACAAGCUGCCCUACAGCUGGAUCGGGACAGGGCACGUGGUCUACAACGGCUCCUUCUACUACAACCGGGCCUUCACACGCAACAUCAUCAAGUAUGACCUGAGGCAGCGCUACGUGGCCGCCUGGGCCAUGCUGCACGAUGUGGCCUACGAGGAGGCCACCCCGUGGCGGUGGCGAGGCCACUCGGACGUGGACUUUGCCGUAGACGAGAAUGGCCUGUGGGUCAUCUACCCAGCCAUCAGCUACGAGGGCUUCAGCCAGGAGGUGAUCGUGCUGAGCAAGCUGAAUGCCGCCGACCUCAGCACACAGAAGGAGACUACGUGGAGGACGGGGCUGCGCAAGAACUUCUAUGGGAACUGCUUUGUCAUCUGCGGAGUCCUGUACGCGGUGGACAGCUACAACAAGAGAAAUGCAAACAUCUCCUAUGCCUUUGACACGCACACCAACACGCAGAUCAUCCCCAGGCUGCUCUUUGAGAAUGAGUAUGCCUACACCACACAGAUAGACUAUAACCCCAAAGACCGCCUGCUCUACGCCUGGGACAAUGGCCACCAAGUCACCUACCACGUCAUCUUUGCCUACUGAGACCCCCCCACCACAGUGGG